AUGGCUGCCCUGCAAAAGAUAAGAUUUCCUCAGAUCCAAGAAACAUGUGGGUGGACCGAAUUGUUUCCAGAUAAAAUAGAAACACUUGCUCAGUCUCUAGUGUUUGUAAAAAGAAUGAUGGCUAUUUCGGUGUCUUGCAUUACGUACCUACGUGGCAUUUUUCCUGAAGAUGCAUACAGUACACGGUAUUUGGAAGACCUGUGCAUAAACAUUUUGCGAGAAAACAGUUCACACCCACGUGCAUCAAAGAUAAUACAAUGGAUGCAAGGAUGCUUUGAUGCAUUAGAAAAAAAAUACCUACAAAUGGUAAUACUUGGAGUUUACAAGAAUACUGAAGACCCAAAUAGCUUGAUUGAAUCAUACCAGUUUAAAUUUGUAUACACACCCAAGGGACCUCAGAUGCAUAUUGCCAGUGACAGAAUUCCACUUUUGAAAAAUGUCACAAUGGGUGGCAUUAAAAGUGCAUCAAUGGGUCUAAUCCGUAAACUUUUCCUUUUGAUGCACAAUCUGGGACCUCUACCCAGUGAUAUAUCGAUGACCAUGAAACUGUUCUACUAUGAUGCUGUGACCCCUCCCCAUUACCAACCACCUGGCUUUAAGGAAGGGGUGGCGCACAUAAUACAUUUCGAAGGUGACCCUGUGCAUGUGAAACUGGCCGAGGUGUCAACCUCAUUUCAUGUGUUUAAAUUGCGGAUUACCACUGAGAAAGACAGAAUGGAAACAUUGAAUGAACAAUCAAUAUUUAAGGAACAGGAAGAGAAUGAUGGGCCACAGAAGAAAUGUGUGUCUGGACAUGCUGUUGCCAAAAAACCUAAAAUAAAGGAAACAUCAAGGAAAAGAAAACGUUGAGAACUUUUCAAAUAUCAUUUAGAUCUUUUUAUCAUUUUAAAAUUAUAGAAGACAGUUAAUUAUUGGUUAUUUAGCUUUUUACCUGUUUUUUAAAUGUAUUUUAUCUUCCAGGUUUCAAAUAUAAUAUGGUAAGCAGUAAUUAAUUUAAAAAAAUCAUACUAUUUGAUCAGUUAAUAGUUAUUAAAUCUUUCACACAUAUAUAGUAAAAUACACACAUAUCCCUUCAAAUUACUUUAAUUUCUUCCAAUGGAAUGUUUAACUACCGGUAUGAUAUUGCGAUGAUAUGUGUAGCAUUCUGGAGUUAUGACUGACACUGGACGUUGUAACCCUGCAUCAUUUUAUGACACUCCGCCUCCUCCUCCCUGUAGUGAUACAAGCCAUGAUUAGUCAAUCUUGCAAAUAUUUUCAUACUUCCAUAUUCUGUGAUUGCAGGAGUGACGCUGACCAGUCUUAACUGAUC